GGGGCUGGGCUGGGCUGGGCUGGGCAGGGCGGGGGCCGCGCCCGGAGAGUCCCGAGAGCCCCGAUCCCGCUCCGGAUCCGUCACAUCCCACCCGGCCGUGCCCAGAGAGGAGCCUCCUCCCAGCCCAGCCAUGCCCACGGAGACGGAGCGCUGCAUCGAGUCCCUGCUGGCCGUGUUCCAGCGCUACGCCGGCCGGGAGGGGGACAACUGCACCCUGUCCAAGCGGGAAUUCCUGGCCUUCAUGAACACCGAGCUGGCCGCCUUCACAAAGAACCAGAAGGAUCCGGGGGUCGUGGACAGGAUGAUGAAGAAGCUGGACCUGAACAGCGACGGGCAGCUGGACUUCCAGGAGUUCCUGAACCUCAUCGGGGGCAUCGCCGUGGCCUGUCACAACAGCCUGGUGGUGAAGGCCCCCGGCCCUUAGGGGGGCCCUGGGGGGCCACAACUCCCCCUCCACUGUGAACAUUCCCAGGAACAACUGGAAGCACCAAGACGGAGUCAUCCCCUUUCCUUCCUUCCUCCCUUUUUAUGGAUAAAAUAAAAGG